ACACCUUAUAUAAUAAUGUUUAUCUCUCUACUCCUCAACAACUACACAUUCCUUAACAUCUUCUCAUAACCAUAGUCCCUUUGUGUUAAUCUCCAUUAGAUAUUCCUCGUCAUGGGUGUACAAACUCAGGAAUAUGCUACCACUGCUUCUGUGCCCCCUACUAGGCUCUUCAAAGCCAUGUCAAUAGAUUUCCAUAACCUCUUCCCAAAGAUUGUUGAAAUGAUCAAGAGUAUUGAGCUUACAGAAGGAACUGGUGCUGCUGGAACCAUCAAGAAGCUCACCAUAAUUGAAGGUGGAGAAUCAAAGUAUGUGCUACAUAGAGUUGAUGAAAUUGAUGAGGCUAAAUUUGUGUACAACUUUAGCAUUAUUGGUGGCACUGGCUUAGCUGACACAUUGGAGAAAGUCUCAUUCAAGAGCCAAUUGGUGGAAGGUCCAAAUGGAGGAUCCAUUAGGAAUGUGCAUGUUGAUUAUUUUACCAAAGGUGAUUACAAUCUUAGUGAGGAGGAGCUGAAAGCUAGUAAAGCUAAGGUUGAAGGACUUGUUAAGUUUGUUGAUGGUUACCUUUUGGCAAAUCCUGAUUAUUGAAUGUCUUUAAUUAGGGUUAAUAAAAACUUAGCUAUGGUGAAAGUUAAUAAUAGCCUAAGUUGAAGAUUUGGUUGUAAGAUGAAGCAUAAGUUUGAGUGAUGAGAAUGUUUUUGUAUUUGCAAAAAAUUGAUGUGUUGCCAUUGGAGUAUGAGAUGAAAAAUGAACACAUGUUGAUUAAAGAA